CUUGCGUGUCGAACAGGCGUAAAUUUUAUAAAAAUUGAUUUUUAUUUUCAAUAUCAUAUUGUGUCAAGCACCGAUGGCUGGGAAGCUGAAUAAGUUCGAAACCCCCAGUUCUGCUAGCUCGGAUAGUGACACGGAAUUGGCCCUAGAACUGGGCGAGCAAGUGUUCCUGGACGAUGACGACUUCUCCACCAGAGCCCCGGCGUCGCCGACCACCGUGCCGAAUGUACGCCCGUACCGACCGCCGUCCACAGGAUCAAACAUCCUCAAAUCGCCGCGGGCGCGGCGCGUACGCACCACAUCAAUGUCGCAGUCAAACAAGCGUACGGCCGCCGAAAGCAUAUUACACGCCGACAGGCGUACCAUAUACACGGCCGGGCGUCCGCCUUGGUACAACUGUACUGGGGGUCAGGAGGUGGAACCCUUCCUUAUUGGAAUAUGCGGUGCCAGUGCUUCAGGCAAGACCACAGUCGCCGCGAAAAUCAUAGAAUCUCUCAACAUGCCGUGGGUCACCAUAGUCAGCAUGGAUUCCUUCUACAAGGUAUUAAAUGAGAAGCAGCACCAAGCCGCGACCCGCAACGAGUAUAACUUCGACCACCCGGACGCGUUCGACAUGGAACUACUCAGCGGAGUGUUACAGAGACUCAAGGAGGGCAAAAAAGUCGAAGUGCCUAUAUAUAACUACGUGACGCACUCAAGGGAGAAUCGCACCAAAACAAUGUACGGAGCAAACGUGAUCAUCUUCGAAGGUAUCCUAGCGUUCUAUAACAGUGAUGUGUUGAAUAUGUUGGAUAUGAAAGUAUUCGUGGACACGGACGCCGAUAUUCGACUCGCCAGGAGAUUAAGAAGAGAUAUAGUUCAACGCGGUCGCGACCUAGAAGGCGUGCUCAAGCAAUACAUGACCCACGUGAAGCCAGCCUACCAAAGCUACAUCGCGCCCUGUAUGGCUCACGCAGACAUUAUAGUGCCGAGGGGCGGAGAGAACAAAGUCGCCAUACAUUUGAUAGUUCAACAUGUCCACAAACAACUACAACUGAGAGGCUUCAAAGUUCGUGAAAAGCUCGCGGUUGCGCACAUCGGCCAGCCAGUUCCAGUCCUAUAUCUACUCAAAGAUACACCACAAGUGCAAGGUCUCCACACGUUCAUACGUAACAAGGACACGCCUCGGGACGAGUUCAUAUUCUACUCCAAACGCCUCAUGAGACUUGUCAUAGAAUUUGCACUAUCGUUGCUACCCUACUCGGAGCGGACUGUUGAGACGCCUCAGGGAUUCUCUUACAAAGGCCGAAAAUGCGACGUGGAGAAAAUCUGCGGCGUAUCCAUACUUCGAGCCGGCGAGACCAUGGAGCAGGCUGUGUGCGAUGUGUGCAAAGACAUCCGCAUAGGCAAGAUACUUAUACAGACCAACCAGGAGACUGACGAACCUGAGCUAUACUACCUCCGCCUACCAAAGGAUAUAAAGGACUACCGCGUUAUUCUAAUGGACGCCACCGUGGCUACGGGCGCGGCGGCCAUCAUGGCUAUACGGGUGCUGCUCGACCACGACGUGCCCGAGGAGCACAUCAGCCUGGUGUCGCUGCUGAUGGCCGAGAUAGGGGUGCAUUCGAUAGCUUACGCUUUCCCGCAGGUAAAAAUAGUAACGUCCGCGUUAGACCCCGAGAUAAACGAGAAGUUCUACGUCCUUCCCGGCAUCGGGAACUUUGGGGACCGCUACUUCGGCACCGAACCCGCUGACGACGAGUGAACACUGCCCGCGUAAGGCUGAUUUACUGUAUGUAGAACCAUAGGCAAUACUUAACCUUUGGUACAGUUACCGGCAAUAACAUUGGACAAAAAUACUGCAUAAAUAUCUGACUCGCUCUUAUAUAAACGGCCAACCAAAUCUUAGCACUAAGAAAGUCGCGAAGUUUAAAUUUUCUAUGGGAAAUUAAACCUUCGCCCCUAUAUUUUUAAUUAAUGUUGAAGUAUUAUGAUGGUUCAUCAAUGAUUCCGCCAACGUCAAGGCUUGCCAGCAAGUCACAUACAGUUCCGCGUUUGUUCAAUACGCACCGACUAACUAUGGAUGGAGCAAACGCGGCAAUGGUAUUUGUGACAGCACCUUUAGGACAUGUUUAGCU